UCAAGAUCUGUAGUUGUUGUAAGAGGUUUUUCGUGGUGUUUGGCGUUUGUUGAAUGUUGACUGUUUGUUGCUUGGUGUUUCUCUUCCUGCACGGAAUUCCUCCUCCAUCCUGCAGCUAUCAACACCACCUGGCCAUCACCCAUUUCCAUCCAGCUAUUGGCACAAAACCACUUGAUCCAUUAUUCUUUCGUCAAACAAGUCAUUUCCAUGACUUUUUCCGUUUCCACCAGCCGAGCAACAAGAACCAAAAAUCCACACGCGGUGGAACUCUCCGCAAAGCCCCACCGAGGCCUUCUAAGAAUCAGGACAAGUUGGAGGCAAAAGAGUGACCCCGGGAAUUGACUGGGAGCAUUUCAGCCGAAUGGACCGAGAAUGAAGAAGGAGGGGCGGUGACAGAAGACAGGGGAUACAAUGACGCGAGUUUCGAUGGCUUCGUGGACUCCUAUCCUCAUCUUCACCAUCAUUAUUAUCCAAGGUAAACAUGGCACCUCCGCAGUUUCAUCAUCAAGGCCUUAAUGCCACUUUUACUGGGAUUGAGAGAAAUGUUGAAGGUGUUUCGGUCCAUCAGUUCCGGGGAAUCAAGUAUGCCAGUAUUCCAGCGCGAUUUGAGCGGGCUCAGCCUGUGAAUGGUUUCGAUGGAUCGGUUGUCGAUGCCACAGAAUAUGGCCCACGAUGCCCCCAGGCCGAUGUUGAUGUACGACACCUGCUUCGCAUCCCCGAGGAUUUUGAGAUAGCAAAUGAGCCAGAGGAUGAAUUCGAAUGCUUGAAUUUGGAUGUUAACGGUCCUCCUGUGUCUUCUGUCAAGGAACCGCUGCCAGUUAUUAUUUGGAUAUACGGUGGUUCUCAAGUUGUUACAUUUUGUUCAGCUGCUUCCAAAAUCUGCGACCCUACCAAGAUCGUUGCCGAUUCAAUAAAAGCCGACAAGCCCAUCCUUUUUGUUUCCCUCAACUAUCGGCUGAAUAUUUUCAGUUUUGGUGAUGGAAAGGAGAAGAAUCUUGCCAUAAAAGACCAAAGACUGGCCAUCGGUUGGGUGCGAAAGCAUAUCGCUGGCUUCGGUGGUGACCCGAACAAUAUCACCCUUGCUGGAGAGAGUGCUGGAGCAGUUUACGUCCACGCACACCUGAUUACUGGGCCUCCAGUCAAACGAGCAGUAUUGGCAUCCGGAUCCCUCUACCUGUCAUCACCAUUGCCCGUUGAGAGAGGUGAUGGUUUGAUCAAAACACUCGAAGCGAAGGUCAAAGAACUCGGGCAGCCAUCGCUGCGCGAAUCCUCUGUGCCUGCCCUUAUAAGUGUUUUGAAAGAAUCCAACGUAAACACAAUGUGGAUACAGGAGGAUGCAGAGCUUCAGAACUGGGAAAGCAGGCCCGAACAAGUCGAUGAGCUCAUGAUAGGCGACGCUGAAUUUGAGUCUGUGAUUUGGAGAAAUGGCAUCGAGACCUUCGAUGGAGAAACUAUCGCCGCUGCGUUCGAGAAAGACCCGACAUGGGGCUCCAAAUUACGGAAGAUGUACCAUGUCGUCGCUGACCGUCCUACAGCCUCCAAAUUGGGUGCUUUGGACUUUGUCAACGACACGCGUUACACACUUCCUGUCGAAGUUGUUGCUAACAAGCAGAAUGCCGUGAAUAAGCGCGUUUUCAAGUAUGUGGUUGAUCAGCCCAACCCUUGGCAGCCAUCCAGUCGAUCCCACCAUGCGGUUGACCUUCUGUUCCUCUUUGGAGGGGUUGACCUUUCAUUUAACCCCGCUGCAGAUGCUGUUGGGUAUGAAAUGAGGGGCCGCUGGAUUCAGUUUAUGAACGGCCAGGCUCCCUGGUCCGAGGAACGGCGGUUUGCAUAUGGACCGUUUGGGGAGUGCAAAGAGAUCACCGAGACGCAGUUUGCUGAACGACGCAGAGUUGGGCACCUCAAGAUGCUAGGAGAAGCUGGGGUUGAAGUGUAUCUGCCAAUUUUAUUUGCUCUGACUGCUGGGAAGAUCAGUUUGCUCAAUUAGAUGCUAUCCAUCCUUGUAUAUACAUACAUAGUGCAGGAUCUUCGUCGUACAACCAACGUUAGAGAUAGCUUUCAUGAGACAGAAAUAGUACAGGAUAUUUAUUUCCAGCCUAU